GCGUUGUCAUUGCGUUAUUGAAGCUCUUUUCACGCCUCUGCCUCUCAUCCACGCCGUUCACCCUGCAGUCGGUUAACCAUCCUUCACCUAAGCGUCUUCUCCGUUGUCGCGAACGUUUCUUCGUCCCGGCAUUUCUUUAAAUUUAUUUAUAAUUCAUUUAAGAAUUCAACUUUUGCCACCACACGGGCAUCUCCAGUGUAAUGCUGCUGGGAGAAAAGACAUCUUCACCACGUAAACAAAGAUCGCCAUCAAGCUGACGACGUCACACUUCGGCUGGUUAUCAAGCUGACGUCAUCCUCCAGAUUUGAAUGGGUUAUAAAUCUCAUAAAUACAGUCAACUGAUCUAAUCCCAUAAUCUCAUUGUGGAUUCAACGCUCCCCACGCCCACACAGAGAAGCAUGAGCUCUCACAAGAGACCUGUCCGGGCUCGGGCUGAUUCCGACAACAAUUUCUCAGUGGCCCGUGACCUGAACACACCAAGCGUGGAAGAGGGCCCCGGUCUCCUGGCCAAGCUGAUGGAGCUUCCCGUAGCCCGUCUGUCCCGGCAGCAGCUGAAAAGGCUGGAGGAGCAUCAGUACAGCAGUGCGGGACGGUCCCUCCUGGAGCCCUUCAUGCAGGGAUUCUGGUGCUGGCUGGUGAGCAAAGUGCCUCUCUGGAUGGCGCCGAACCUCAUCACCAUAGUGGGACUCGCUACUAAUAUUAUCAGUACCCUGAUAUUAGUAUACUACUGCCCUACUGCCACCGAACAGGCACCAACGUGGGCAUACUUAGCCUGUGCUUUAGGUCUGUUCAUCUACCAGUCAUUGGAUGCCAUAGAUGGAAAGCAGGCACGACGGACCAAUAGCAGCACACCACUUGGAGAGCUCUUUGACCAUGGCUGUGACUCCCUCUCUACAGUGUUUGUGGUCCUGGGCACCUGUAUAGCAGUGCAGCUGGGCACUCACCCUGACUGGAUGUUUUUCUGUUGUUUUGUGGGCAUCUUCAUGUUUUAUUGUGCCCACUGGCAGACGUAUGUUUCGGGAACACUGCGCUUUGGCAUAAUUGAUGUGACUGAGGUUCAAAUCUACAUUAUAAUCAUGUACUUACUGGCUGCCAUUGGAGGAACGGCUUUUUGGCAAUCUGUGGUCCCUGUGAUAAAUAUCCAGAUUAAAAUAAUACCGGGCAUUUGCACUCUUCUGGGUGCCAUUUUCUCCUGCACAAACUAUUUCCGGGUUAUAUUUACAGGCGGAAUGGGCAAAAAUGGAUCUACUAUUGCGGGAACAAGUGUUUUGUCCCCAUCCUUCCAUAUAGGAGUGGUAAUCACACUUGCUCUAAUGAUCUAUAAGAAAUCAUCAGUGCAGCUAUUUGAGAGACAUCCCUGUCUCUACGUCUUAGCGUUUGGAUGUGUCACAGCCAAACUCACCAACAGACUGGUGGUUGCUCAUAUGACAAAGAGUGAAAUGCAUCGUAACGACCUGGCCUUCACCGGACCAGCGCUGCUGUUUCUGAACCAGUACUUCAACAGUUUCAUUAAUGAGUACUAUCUUCUGUGGGUCGCUCUGGUGCUGUCAGCGUUUGAUCUGGUGCGGUACUGCGUGAGUGUCUGUAACCAGAUCGCCUCACACUUAAACAUCCGUGUCUUCAGCAUCCAGCCUCCGUCUCCAUCCAGAGUUCAGGCAGAAAGCAGAAAUCACCACUAACCUCGCGGCUCCUCUCCCUCAAACACCUCCAGUAGGUCACGCACUUCAGUGAAUGUAAAACACAGCUCACAGAGACCAAGCCCAAAUGGCUGCAGUUACGAACUUUGUUCUCAUAACGAAGAGAGAGGAUAUUUGAAGGACGAAAGGGAAUAUUAAAUAGAAUAUACAUCCUACGAUUAGAACGCCAUUCAGUCGUCAGUAUUUUGUUGUUAGAUGAUCAGUUUUGUUUGCCAUAGUUAGAAGAUUUGCCACAGAGGCCACAACUAUGAAUGUUUAUUUGAAAUGUUUGUUUCGUUGUGUUUUGUUUUGAUUAUUUUUGUUAUGUUUUGUUCAGUUUCUGUUCAUUUUGUUUUGUUUUGCACCAAGUAUUUUGCCCAGCAGUAUAGACUUCAUUCCAUUUACAGAACAAUCCAUCUGAAUGUAAUUUCGUAAUUACAGAACGCUAUAAGAACAUUUACUGCAAAACGAAAUGUCCAAAUUUAAACUUAAACGCCAGUGUCACUGUUGCCAGUACAAAGCUGUGUUGUUGUCUGAGAGGAGCAGAGAGUGCUCCGAGAUAACAUCAGACCUUAUUACAAGAAAAACAGGCGCAAGAGUUUAUUUCCGUCAAUGUUUGCGAAAUUUCAAGAAUUUCAAUUCAGCCUCUCAUCUGAUGUCAUUCAGUAAACUAAUCUAUACAGUAUGUAUCAUUUUUCUUUCUAUGCAUUUGUUACUUUGUGUUUGUAGUGUUUUGGAGGGGAUUAUUAUUAUUAUUUAGGUUUGCCAAUGUCACUAAAUGAUAAAAACUGUAUUAUAAACAGUAUUUUGAUAGUGCCGUAUUUUCCUAAUAAUAACUGGUGUCAAGAUAGACGUCUAGAAUGGCUAUAAGUGUGUUAAACUGUACAUAUAUGAACCCUUAAUAACAGACAUUAAAACUUAACAAAUCAGUGUUUGUGGUCUAAAUACUUUAGUUAAUGUGAACUUGUGCUAAUUUAUUUUUGUGCCUUUUAUUUGUCACUAUCGGUAUACUCCUCUAUGCACAGUAAAAUUUGGACUCAGCGAUUUUUUCUGUUUUGUUAUUUUUUAACCUCUUGUGUGAAUCAUAUUUUGUUUGUAAGCAUCACACUCUAAAAGGAUGCAAUUUCAUAUUCCUGCAUGUUGCGUUAUGAAAUUAGCAAUCUGAAAUCAGUCAUUAUAUAUAUAUAUAUAUAUAUUGUCAACAAAAAAAAGUUCUCUCUAAAAUAUAUAUAUAUAUAUAUAAUUUUUUUUUUUAACCUUCAUGCCAAUUUGUUUUAGAGAGAACUUUUUUUUUUUUUUGACAGAUUUAUAUUGCAAAACGAUAGAUAUUAACUCUGCGGUUCUGUAUUGGGUGCUUCCAAGCGUAGAAUAUGAACAGAGUGGCCGAAGUCCAUGUAAAUUUCUCAAAAUAUGUUAUUGUUUUGCAUCUACCUUUUGAGCAGUUGCUUGUACAUGUUAUUUUAGUCUCUCGGUUUGAGACUUUUAUUGAAAAUGUUUUAAUUCUGCUGUGAACGUUAUUUAAGUGGGUUUCUGUGUAUUUGUGUUUCUCCCUUUUUCUUUGUAUUUUUUUAAAUACGUCACCCGUUCACCCGGGCUGCUCUGAGGUCAACCAAAGCUGCAAUACACACACAGUUGAAGAAAAUUGUCUGUCACUGCAUCUUCAAUACAUGUAUAAUUUGUACCUCGACCAGGAUUAUUUUUUUGUUUUGUUGAUUUACAGCAAAUACUUAACUUUGUAAUAGACUAAUGGCCAUGAAAUAAAGAUUGUUAUAUUUAUGUUAACAGA